CAUGAAUACCGCAUAUCGGAUUUUAUUUGGACUGAUAUUUUUUUUAUUAUUUCUUUCCACCAAAGGCUACGAGGAAACUAAUAUGACAGAAUAUGUGAAAAUGCCAUCAAUACUCAAACUAGAUGAUUACGAUACCUGCCUCUAUCACAACCCUGAUGGCAAUGGAAUAUAUUGUCUAUCUUAUGUUGAAGUUGUACCUAAUACGACAUCAGAAAAUUGGAGAAUCAUAGAAAAAUAUUCGUCUUUACCUAGACAUCGUUUCCGACAUGAUAUUCUUUUCAUUGGUACUUGCAUAAAACGAUGCAAGGACUUAGCAAACAAUUUGGAUGAACAGGAAUUUAAUGAGUUUUACGUUGGUUCAGCUCAACACCAGGAGAUUGUAGAUCAUUACGCUCUAGUUCAUGAUAAUUUGGAAUAUCGCAAAGCUUACGAUGAAUUAAUUAACAAGUGUCUAAACCAUGAAUAUCAGCAUAAGUACGAGUUAAAGCUGCGCUCCAAUAUUGAAUAUUGUAUAGACAGUAGCAAAGAACAAUUAUGGGACACCGCCCAUUUUAUUUUUCUAAUAAUCCUGGCAUCUAUUGUAUGUCUCUGCAUUUUUUCCACUGGUUAUGAUUACUACUUGAAGUUCAGUGCAACUGAAGACAACGGAAAUGCAUUUUUUACGACUAAAUUUAUAACAAAACAGGACAGACUGUUAACUGCCUUCUCACUUAAAAGAAACUACCUUAAACUCCAUAGCAAUACUAGGGGUACAGAUGAUGACUUGAAUUUUUUAAAUGGUAUUAGAACGGUGUUUAAUACCGUGGUUAUUCAUGCGCAUGUUGUUAUGGGUCUAAUAACUAGGGGCAGUACAAAUGAAAUUUUUUUCGAAACGUAUCAAUUAAAUAAUUUAUUUUCGGCUAACGGUGGAGUAGUUAAUGGAAUGUUUUUCUUAAUGAGCACAUUUUUAUUAAAAAUAAGUUUUGAGAAGAAGAGCCCUAUAACUCCAAAAAGUAGUUGGAGAAGUUGUGUUGGUGUAUUUUGGAAAUUUCUAAUUUAUCGCUAUUUAAGACUACUACCGGGAUAUGCAUUAAUAAUUCUAUACAAUGCGUCAUUUUAUGGAAAUCAAAUAGAUUCUCCUACCUGGAAACAUGUUGCUGGUAGAGACAAUAAAUUUGCACGUAUUAAUUGGUGGAAAAAUUUAUUAUUUAUUAAUAAUUUGACGAUUAAUGAUACUACGUUAACCACAACCUGGUAUCUGGGCGCCGAUAUGCAACUGUUUAUUGUUUUCCUCAUUGUUUUAAUUGUUAUUGCAAAGUUAAUAAUUCAAUUAUUUUAAUAGCAUUGCGCGUUAAUUAUAUUUCAAUUUCAGAAAGCCAUAUCUGAAAAAGCUCAUUUAUAGUAUCUUGUUCGUUGCCUCUCUACUGCUGCCCGCAGUUUUAUCGAUUAAAUAUAAGUGUGAAUAUUAUACGGGCUUUCC